AUGUGGACACCAUUCUGCCCCAAUCGUCCUGGAUUUUCCCAUGAAACACACUGUAGUGGUGAAGCUGCCUGUUCAUAUUGUGGUCAAGCCAAUCCAUCCACAACAAAAUCCUCCAUCAUCUCUUCAACAAAUGAUGAAAUCAUUGUCAUUGAAGAUAGUCUCAGUCCUCCGGCUCUGACACCAUCACUCUCCAUCUCAAUUCUUGAUCCUGGGCCUCCUCAGCGAGCACGUCAACUGGCAAUUCAAAAAACACAAAAAGUUCAACAAAUGACUCCCAAUGCCGAUACACCAAUUCAACGUACAUCACCUAUAAAGGAAUCUGCCACCAAAUCCGAGUCGAAUCAACUGUCCUCAUUGCAGAAAGCCUAUGGCAGACUUGUGGUUGAAAGCCGAAAAAUGAAUUGA